AUGGCCGCGGAGGGCCUUCCUUCCGGCCAAGCUGCCACGCCAACCGAAAUGGAACAGGAUUCAACGGGUAUGUCGAGCUCCUCAAGCACCAUAUCCUACUACGAAAGUAUCUCUGAUGAUCAAGAUAUGAAUUCAGAGCCAUAUCAAAUGGUCCUGGGCCGAAAGAGACGCAAACCAUCUACUAGCUCAGACUGCAGCAGUAAGACAGUCAAAACCAUGACCCAGGCUCAUCCCCGCCUUACAGUGAUAAUCAAGCCCAAAGAUCCAGUAAGCAUGAUUGCAACAAUUAACCCGAUGAAGAUUACAGAGAAACUUGAAAUGACUGCUCCAGAUGGGGUCAUCUUGGUUAGGCCCAAUCGAAGACUCAACGUGCUGGCGAUUGACACAAGAAACACUGAAGCCACGAAAGCGCUUCUUGGACUCACCUCAUUAGGUGGAAUACCUGUCAUCGCUUAUGAACCACUUCCACGGGAAUUGGCGGCCGGAGUGAUCUACCAGGUACCAGCAGACAUUAUCGAAGCCGAGCUACAAUCGGCAGUCCGUGCAACUGUACCCGUCAUCUCCAUUUCUCGACUGGGUAAAUCUGAGUCUGUCAAAGUCGUCUUCAGCACGAACGCACUACCAGAAUAUGUCACCGUGGGAUACACAAGGUUCAAGCUGCAGCCGUACAUAGAGAAACCACGUCAGUGCUGGAAAUGUGGUCGUUUUGGACAUGUCCAAACUGCCUGCACAAACGACGUGCGCUGCACUCGCUGUGGAGGAGCACACGACCGUAUGAAGUGUGAAGCGGCUGACCUGCUCUGCACAAAUUGCGGUAAAGCACAUGACUCGACAUCGCAUCUGUGCCCUGUGUACCAAAGGGAAAAGAAAAUAUAUCAGUACAAGAGCGAAGCUAAAGUUGGGUACACAACAGCAAAAGCGGCCCUACUGUCAUCGAAGGAGAAAGUGUCCCAAGGUCGCUCUAAAACAGAUGGUACAAAAACGAAACAAGACCUGGGAGCUCACCAACUUCUACAGGAGGGAAUUCAAGAUUUACAACCUUCCUCGUCAACACAGCUGUCAAACGCUAGACAAAUCCAAACAUAUGUGAAGCCAAGAAACGCCCAACCUGUCGCACAUGCCCAUACGAGUCGAAUCUCAAUACAAGGUGAAGAGUGGAAGAAGGUGCGCAACGUGCUGAAUCCCAGCUUCACCACGGGCAAGGUGAAACUCUGCUCCGAGAUUGUAAGCAGAUGCACCGAGGAACUUGUCAGGGUGCUGAAGACGCAUCACGAGCAAAGUGAGCCUGUCGAUUUGCUGCAAGUGGCGCAGGGUUACUCCUUGGACGUCAUCACUAAGAUUGCCAUGGCCUGGAAGGUGAACUGUCAACAAAAGACAGACGAUCCCCUACUCAUCGGAGUCAAGAGGCUGUUGGAGGACCUAGACAAAGCAAUUGUCGAAAGCUCACUAGCACUGCCCGGGAUAAGGGCGGUCCUCAAACUUCUCUACCCACUCACAAGCUUCAGCAAUCUCCUGAAUCGUAUUUGUGAAAACGUGCGGGACACAGUAAAGUGUCGACGUCAAGAUCAAAGUCUCCGGGAGAAGGACAUGCUACAGAUGAUGCUCGACGCCCAGGCCGGCACCGAAGACGCUGCUUACGACGUUCACAAAAGCGGUCUGCUCAUCGAGGACCGUCAUCUCGUCUCCAACUCCAUCGUCAUUCUCCUCGCAGGCUUCGAGACCACGGCAGUGACACUGGGCUUUGCCCUAUAUCUUCUCGCUAUGCAUUCAGAAGAACAAGAGAGGGUUCACACCGAAAUGGAGGACCUGUUUUCGCACGCGAACAAACUGACAUUUGACAACGUCCAUCACCUUAAGCAUUUAGACAUGGUGAUCCGCGAAACUCUUCGUUUGUACCCACCAGUUCCACUGCUGGUAGCUAGGACCUGUCUUUUGGACAAACCAGUCAUGGGUCAAUUCAUUCCAGCAGGAACCACGCUCAUCGCACCAGCUUGGCACAUCCACCGAAAUCCGGAAUACUGGCCCGAACCCUCUUGGUUCCUUCCAGAGAGGUUCGCCGAAGGCCAUCCGGAACGCCAUCCUAUGGCGUACUUUCCCUUCGGGAUAGGGCCCAGGACAUGCAUCGGGAGGCGGCUCGCACUGAUCGAACUUAAGAUGUCGAUCUGUAAAAUUUUGCGCGACUUCAAGCUCGUACCGUGCGAGGAAUCCCAGUAUCCUGUCCCACUAGUGGUGCCUAACUUGACACUUCGCCCAGGUGUCGGCCUGAGGGUGAGACUGGAGAUGAGGCGAAAGUGUAAGGACUGAACACAUACGAUACAGCCGAAUGUCUCCACUCACAAUCUACAUAAAGAGAGCGCAAGGCAAAACUUGGUAUGUAUCCUAGGUGACCAGAUGUCCCGUUUUGACCGGGACAGCCCCGUUUUAGAAGUUCAUUACUGCCGUCUCACGUUUUUGGUCUAACGAAGCCUCAUGUCCCGUUUUCAUGGGAACGUUCAUAGUAGUUGUUAAAUGAGUACUGCAAGGAUCCGAGCGUAUGUUUUUCCUAAAUAGUUGUUUCGUUUAUUGUUAGCCGGUCGUCGGCAUUGCCGGCGCCAAGAGGGCCCUCUCUUCGAGGAGAGGGGGGCUGCUGGUGCACGCACGGGAAAGGGCAUGGGACAACUCCGCAGUACUUCGCGAGAGCGUGCGGCGCCACCGCACGGAAGGAAUGUGUCCCCUUGGGCGACGGAGGCGGACCCCCGGACGUACGGGGUCGGGGGAGUUUGGGCGGGAGAAGUCCCGAAGCUGGUCGCGGACGUGUGUCGUCCGCCGGCCCUUUGUUAAUAAAUGUAUAGUUAAAGCAUCAAA